AUGUCAAACCCUUCAUCCCCUUCACCAAACAAUGACGACGAGCUGCUAUGCGAUCUCCCUAAAGCUCGGUUUUGGGACGCCAUGGACAUCUGCCAGUGGGAAGGCUAUUGGUUUGAGCCUAACCUCAUCAAACCCGCCAUCUUCUUCCGUUCAAAUUUCCAGGCUCGAGACGACGACAUCCUCCUCGCGUCCACCAUGAAAACGGGCACCACAUGGCUCAAAGCCCUAUCCCUAUGCAUCGUCCACAAGCACACACACGACCGUCUUUUAGCACGUGAAAACCCUCAUUUCCACGUCCCCACAAUCGAAAGCAUGAUUUAUGCUACCAAAAACCUACUAGUCGAUGUUUACGACACGUCGGCUCCACAUCUCCUCCACACCCACCUCCCUUAUGUCGUGCUCCCGGGCUCUGUUAAGAACUCCUCGUGCAAAAUCGUGUACAUUGCACGUAACCCUAAGGACACCCUCAUCUCGUCGUGGCACUUCUUUAACAAGAUCUUAAGGCCAAACGAGGAUCCGUUCCCACUAGUGAACGCAGUCGAUGGAUUUUGUAAUGGAGUUCACCAGUACGGGUCGUACUUCGAUCACGUGGCCGAGUAUUGGGUUGAGAGUCGGAGAAGGCCGGUCAAAGUGAUGUUCGUCAAGUACGAGGAGCUGAAAAGUGAUCCCAAGGGACGGGUUGCGGAGAUUGCGGAGUUCUUGGGGAGGCCGUUUGUGGAUGGGAGGGAAGUAGAUCAAGUGUUGUGGAGCUGCAGCUUGGAAAGGCUAAAGGGUUUGGAAGUGAAUAAGGGUGGUUCUAUUUUGUUCAACGUGCCAAAUAGUUUGUACUUUAGGAAAGGUGAGGUUGGGGAUUGGAAGACCUACUUGACCCCGGAAAUGGAACACCGAAUUGACCAAAUAAGCCGUGUGAAGUUCGAGCCCUUGGGCCUCUUCUUUUAG